AUGAACAGAUCGGUAAUAUGGCGCAACGCGCCUGAUUUACUCCUAUCUCGGCAACUAUACCGCGCGCAAUGGCAUCGAAGCUUCGCUUGCAGCGCUUACCUUACACGUGAACAUGAUCCGAGGAUAAAGGCGUUAGGCAGGGAAAUAUCUGACGACUAUGCGAUAAUAAGAGAAAAAUACGAGACUCCAAAGUAUCCCAUCGUCCUCGCCCACGGCCUCUUUGGCUUCGCUGAACUCCGUCUCUCUCCAUACUUUCCAGCUGUCGAAUACUGGCAUGGCAUUCACGAUGCCCUCACUGCCCAAGGCGCCACCGUCUUGACGCCUACUGUGCCUCCAUCAUCCUCUAUUGCCGAUCGCGCUACUGCUCUCCGCUCCGCCCUUGAAGCCCAUGCUCCAAUGCCUGAAGCCGUCACAAUUGUCGCGCACAGCAUGGGUGGUCUUGAUGCCCGAUAUAUGCUUUCGCACCUCGCUCCGCUCCCAGUCCGCGUUGCGGCUGUGGUUACCGUUGCAACGCCGCACCGAGGAAGCGCAUUUGCAGACUACCUCCUUGAUGAAGAAGUCUCGCCACUGCACCAUUACUUGCCUCAACUUUAUCAGACAUUUGAAAAAGCUGGUCUUGGUACAGCAGCGUUCUCACAGUUGACGAGACGCUACAUGGCUGAAGAGUUCAAUCCGAGCACGCCAGAUCAACCAGACGUACGCUACUUUUCGUACGGAGCGGCAGUAGAGCGGCCGGCGCUGCUGAGUCCAUUUCGGCACCCGCACGCCAUCAUGACACAGGCCGAGGGACCCAACGAUGGACUUGUCAGUGUGGAGAGCAGCCACUGGGGCACAUACAAAGGCACGCUCCUUGGAGUGAGCCACUUGGAUCUGAUAAACUGGUCCAAUCGUGUUGGUUGGACAGUCCGGGAGUGGAUGGGAAUCAAGAAGAAUUUCAAUGCUAUUGCAUUCUAUCUUGACAUAGCAGACAUGUUAGCUAAAGAAGGUUACUGA